AUGGCGCAUGAGUUUGUUGUGGCGCUACACCGUCAGCCACGCAGCUGGCUGCGGCUUCCAAAUCCCUUUGCAAGGGUAAUGGAGGACAACAUGCCAUUAGGCCUGUGGAUACGGGUGGACGGCUGCUGCAAUGGCCCCGCCUGGGUGGUGGUCGAGUUAUCCCCCGCCGGCGCCAUGUAUUUGAUACAGGGGUGGAAGUCAUUCGCCUGUUCCCGUGGCCUGGGUUCGGGGCAUCUCCCCCAAUUCAGGUUUGACGAAUCCGCCAUGCUUCCUAUGAAGUUCUUCGGGGCUUCCGACUACCGUAUGGAGUGUUGCGUUGAAAGCUCGAGCAACAGUGACUUUGACUCCUCCAGCGAGAGUGACGAUGAUGAUAGCUCCCCUAGCAUCAAGAGCGAGGGUGGUGAUUCUGACUAA